CUGAUUUCGAUCGAGGUCCAAUUGGGGACAAUUAUAGAAGAACACCAUCUCCGGUUCGAAAACCAACUACCGAAACAACAAAAGAAGAUCUGGAACCUGAAAAGAAAGUGAAAUUUGCACUUCCUUCUCCCGAACUUCCAGCUUCUUCGCCGCCACCAAAACCACAGAAACCAAAACUGCCAUCUCAGAAAAUUGCUCCAAUUACAGUUCAGCCAACAAUCGUGACGAUUCCGGAUAAAAUACAUAAAGAAGGAAAAGAGCAACAAGGAGCAUGUGCAUAUUGUAAAAGAGAAUGUGGAUUAUGUAUUGUCACGUUAUGUGCACAAUUUUGAAAUUAAUAUUUUAUAAAAUUUACUUUUUGAUAUUCUUUUCUGAAAAACCAUGACUUUUCCAAAAGAAAAUAUCAACAACUACGCCAGUUCUUCGUUCAAUUAUAAAUACCUAAUUGAAGAAUUUCUUCAAUGGAGCUCCUCAUGUAAUCGCAUCUCCUAUCCUACCAAAUACUUUGAUUUUCUACUCGUCAUCAUCAUGACUUUUGUGUUCCUUUGUCUAGUAUAUUUACUUAUUUGGAUUGAAGUUUUGUUGAAUUCUUCUCGGCCUGAUCCAAAGCAUCGUGUCUAUUACCCGAGAACAAAUUUUUGGCAGAGAACAGACUAGAAGAUUUUGAUAAUUAUUUUAAGUUAUUUUUUAAUUUUUUUUCUGACUAUGAAGUUUUUAGAAAUUAAAA